AUGUCUUCCAAAUCUCCGAGAGGCUCAUUCUCGGUUGCGUCUUCGUCUGAUGAAGUGGCCAAGGAUUUCGAAGAGUCUUUGAGAGACCUGCAGUCCAACAACCGAUACGAGAUCAGCAACCUCACGGUCAUCGCGAAGGAGAAUACAGAACAUGCACAAGCUAUCUCGCGGGCGCUUGAAGGCCAUAUCAAGACGACUUCGCCCACUCGCAAGCUGCCAGCACUUUUCCUCCUGGACAGUAUCGUCAAGAAUGUCGGCACGCCUUACACGGUGUAUCUUGGCCGGAACCUCUACAGCACAUUCAUGGAUGCAUAUACACUGGUGGAUGGCGCGACUCGGCGGCAUAUGGAGGGCAUGCUAAAAACAUGGAAGGAGCCAGUGCCCGGAUCAAUAGAUCCACGUCCUGUCUUCCCGCUCGACACUGUUCGUCCGAUCGACAAUGCACUUAAUAGAGCAAAGGCUGCCGUUCAGCAGCGGCAGGGAAUGCCACAAAUGCCGUUUCGAGCUAUGGCCACACCUCCACAGCACAACGGCCAGUAUCCGACGCCUCCUCCUCACGGAUUCCCUCCACAUCACGCAAACGACAUCGAUGCCGUUAAGCGUGACAUCGACGGCCUUGUCCCACGAUUCCAGUAUCAGCUAGCCACUCGUCCUGGUGAUGAUGGACUCCAGAAGCAGCUUGGUGCUCUGCAGGCCUUGCGUACUCUCCUAGAUACGCAACGAGUCAGCCCGCCGGAACUGCAGGAAAUCAAGAAUCAGGUGUCGCGACUUUCACCUGGCUCAUACCCACCUCCGCAAGCAACUCCACAGCCGCCUGUGCCUACACCGCAAUGGCAACCUCCAGUUCCGAUCCCACAGCCUUACCAACAGCCACCAGUGCCAUUUCCUGCUGCAACACCACAACCUCCUCAGCAGCCCGCCCCACCAAACUUGACGCCAACUGCACUGAAUGGACUGCAAGCACUUCUCGCAAACGUGCCAAAGCCAAGCACGCCGCAAAUGCGGGCUGCUAUGCCAGGCUUUCGCGAUGCCACUCAUUCUCAGCUGAACGCUAUUCAGAACCAUGCCGCAGCACCACCUUUAAAUGACACCGCGGAUCUGUUGUCAUCGCUUGCUAAAGCUGGCCUGAUCAAGCCUGUCCCGCAAGCUACACCCAACGCUCCACUUCCAGCGGCAGUCGCGCCGCCUCCGCCGGAUGCCACAGCUUCCCUUCUGAAGUCGCUCCAAAGCAUACUCCCUCCGAAAUCACAAACUGGAACGCCUACCUUACCUCCGGCUCAGCCCGUACCUGCUGCUGUGCCACCUGUGACCGCUGCAUCGCUGAAAGUCUUCCGGCCCGAACUUGUCUUUGCACUCUAUGACGCCCAGCCGAAUCAGUGCAGCACCUGCGGUCGUCGAUUCCUCGCGACAGAUGAGGGACGAGAGAAGAAGAGUUUACACCUGGAUUGGCAUUUUCGCACGAAUCAACGCAUCGCGGAUCCCAAUCUGAAUCGUGGACAUCACCGGAAUUGGUACGUAGAUGAGAUGGCAUGGAUCACCCAUACUGAAUUUGAUCCGUCAACCACAACAGCCACUACUGCAGACAGUGAAGCGGCGAACAAGGUGCAGAAGGGCCCACAAGACCAAUCUGUGAGAGCUCCUGCGGGUAUGACCAAGAACACAUGCAGUAUCUGCUUUGAGGAGAUGAAAAGCAGUUAUUCGGAGGAUAUGCAAGAUUGGAUCUUCGCGAAUGCAACAUACUACAACGGCAAGAUUGUGCAUGCUACGUGCUUAGCUGAGAUGACGCGCUCUCAAGUACAUGUACCUGCCGUUGGCGGCUCAUUAGCAGCGACGUUCGCAGGUGUCGCCGGUCAGAGGGAGAGAAGUUCAACGCCGGACUCGUUAAAGCGAAAGGCAGAGACGGCAAUGGCAGGACAGGGGAGUCGAAUGAGAUUUGAGUAGGCGAUCUCGUGGAUCUUCGAAAGGGUGGCAUAAUUGCGAUCAAUGCAUCUCGACUGCUAUAGAGAGUCGAGAAGGACAUAGGCGUCCAUAUCUGUACCACUAUUAAACUUUGCUAGCCUUGAGCUUGGCAUUUGUGCAUCCUCG